AUGAUCAGAGAAAAGGGUAUUGCAGAAAGCUGUUGUUUUCUCUCUGUAACCCAUUUCUUUGUUGUUAUCUUCUUCACAUUGAGUCUGUUAUUAUUCUUGCAACCAAUUUCUUGCCAAAAUGAUCAAAAUUAUGGUAGUAGUGCAGCAGCGGAUCCUAAUGGCAAUCCAGCAAGAAAGCAGAUCUUCUCUCAGUUGGUUGUUAAUAGUUUCUCGAAUAUCACCUCCGUUUUCAAGAAAGACAUCAGCAAAUACUUUGGUUUCUGUGUAAUGGACGUGGAUGCAGAUUGGAAUAUGGCUUUCAAUUUCUCCGAAGACAGUACUUUCAUUACCAACUGUGCUAGGAAAACCAAAGGAGACUUUACUCAGCGAAUAUGCACAGCAGCAGAAGUGAAGUUCUACUUCAAUAGUUUCUUUCAACAAGGAUCAAAGAGAACACAUUAUAUGCAGCCUAACAAGAAUUGUAAUUUGAGUUCAUGGCUUGCUGGAUGUGAACCAGGAUGGGCUUGUAAUGUUGGUCCUGGUCAAAAAGUUGACCUUAAAAAUUCAGAAACUAUCCCUAGUAGAACUACUGAAUGUGCACCUUGUUGUGAAGGCUUCUUCUGUCCACAUGGUCUUACGUGCAUGAUACCAUGCCCACUGGGUGCUUACUGCCCACUUUCACAACUGAAUAAAACCACUGGUAUAUGUGACCCAUACAAUUACCAACUUCCUGCUGGGAAGCCAAAUCAUUCUUGUGGAGGAGCAGAUGUUUGGGCUGAUAUUUUGAGUACUAGAGAGAUGUUUUGUCCAAAAGGAUUUUUCUGUCCAUCCACAAUCGAGAAAAUUCCAUGCAGUAGUGGAUUUUACUGCAGGACUGGUUCCACAACUGAAAAAGGAUGUUUUCGGUUGGCAACUUGUGAUCCAAAAUCAUCAAAUCAAAAUAUCACUGCAUAUGGCAUCAUGGUUUUUGCUGGAUUGUGUUUUAUGCUCCUCAUUAUUUACAACUGUUCGGAUCAAGUUCUUGCAACUCGAGAGAGAAGACAAGCAAAAACUAGAGAAAAAGCAGUUCAAAGUGUGAGAGAAACAGUGCAAGCACGCGAAAAAUGGAAAUCAGCAAAAGAGAUUGCCAAGCAACGUGCAAUUGAUCUACAAGCUCAAUUAUCACGAACAUUUACUCGUUCAAAAUCUAAAAUGCAAACAGAUCAAGUUACAAAAGGUACUGGUCAAGCUAAACCUGGAACAGAUGCUGCCUUACAAUCCUUGCCUGGAGGUAAUUCAUCUGCACCAAAAACAGGAAAGAAAAAGGAGAAAAGUAACCUUACAAAUAUGUUACAAGAAAUGGAAGAUAAUCCUGGGAGCCAUCAAGGCUUCAAUAUAGAGACUUCAGAUAAAAAUACGAAAAAGCACGCACCAAAGGGUAAAGAGUUGCACACUCAGAGCCAAAUGUUCAGGUAUGCAUAUGGACAGAUUGAAAAAGAAAAGGCUAUGCAUGAGGGUAAGAACUUGACCUUCUCAGGGGUACUUUCAAUGGGUGGUGAUGUUGAAAUCAGGAAGAGACCUUUGAUUGAGAUUAGUUUUAAGGACUUAACCCUCACUUUGAAACAUAAAAAAAGACAUCUACUGAGGUGUGUGACUGGGAAAUUAUCACCUGGUCGAGUUUCUGCUGUCAUGGGGCCAUCUGGGGCUGGAAAAACAACUUUUCUUUCUGCUUUGACUGGAAAAGCAGCUGGCUGCAAUGUAACAGGUAUGGUUCUUGUAAAUGGUAAGGCAGAGCCGAUUCAAGCAUACAAGAAAAUCAUUGGUUAUGUGCCUCAAGAUGAUAUUGUGCAUGGAAACUUGACAGUGGAGGAGAAUCUCUGGUUCAGCGCAAGAUGCAGACUCUCUGCUGAUCUACCAAAGGCAGAAAAGGUUCUAGUCGUCGAAAGAGUCAUUGAGUCCUUGGGGCUACAGCCAGUGCGGGAUUCUCUAGUGGGGACAGUGGAGAAGAGAGGAAUUUCUGGAGGUCAAAGAAAACGAGUAAAUGUUGGGCUUGAAAUGGUUAUGGAACCUUCACUUCUGAUAUUGGAUGAACCCACAUCUGGUUUAGACAGCUCAUCUUCCUUUUUACUGCUCAGGGCUCUUCGACGGGAAGCUCUUGAAGGUGUAAACAUCUGCAUGGUUGUCCAUCAACCAAGCUAUACAUUGUUCAACAUGUUUGAUGAUUUGAUACUUCUAGCGAAGGGUGGCCUAACGGCCUACCAUGGACCAGUAAAGAAAGUUGAAGAAUACUUUGCCGGCCUUGGGAUUACUUUACCUGACCGUAUGAAUCCUCCAGAUUACUUCAUUGACAUUUUGGAAGGGAUCGUAAAACCGAGCUCAGGUGUGAACUUUAAACAGCUUCCAAUUAGAUGGAUGCUUCAUAAUGGCUACCCAGUUCCUAUGGAUAUGCUUCAGAAUACUGAUGAAAUGAGACCAUCCACAAGUGAUUCAACACAAGGAGAACCAGAGUCUUUUGCUGGGGAGUUUUGGAAGGAUAUGAAAACUAAUGUUGAGAUGAAGAAAGAAAAUUUAGAACUCAAUAUCUCAAACUUAGAUGACUUAUCCAAUCGAAAAACUCCAGGUGUCUUUCAACAGUACAGAUACUUCCUGGGGAGGAUAUGCAAGCAGAGACUAAGAGAAGCAAGGACACAGGCUGUAGAUUUUUUGAUCUUAUUACUGGCUGGAAUCUGCUUAGGGACAUUAGCUAAAGUGAGCGAUGAAACUUUUGGAGUGAUUGGUUACACAUACACUGUGAUUGCAGUCUCUUUACUCUGCAAGAUUGCAGCUUUGAGAUCAUUUUCUUUGGACAAGCUACAUUAUUGGAGAGAAAGUUCUUCAGGCAUGAGUGGCUUGGCUUAUUUUCUUGCUAAGGAUACAGUUGAUCAUUUCAACACAAUUGUCAAGCCAAUAGUGUAUUUGUCAAUGUUCUACUUCUUCAACAAUCCAAGAUCAACAGUCACAGAUAAUUAUGUAGUUUUAACCUGUCUGGUUUAUUGCGUGACAGGGAUAGCUUAUGCAUUAGCCCUUUUCUUAGAAGCUGGUCCAGCUCAGCUGUGGUCGGUGCUUCUUCCAGUUGUUUUGACCUUGAUAGCAACCCGUGGUGACAGCAGCUUUGUUUCAAAAAUUGCUGACCUGUGUUACACUAAAUGGGCAUUGGAAGCAUUUGUGAUAUCAAAUGCUAAAAGAUAUUAUGGUGUAUGGCUAAUAACACGGUGCGGCUCGCUCAUGGAAAGUGGGUAUGAUAUCAGGGAUUGGUACCGUUGUUUAAUCUUACUCAUUGUUUCUGGCUUGGGUAGUCGUAUUGUUGCCUUCAUGAUUAUGAUUACCUUCCAAAAGAAGUAA